AUGAUGGCGGCGGCCACGGCGGGGAGCGCCAGCGGCGGCAGCAGUGGGGGCAGAGGCGGCAGCAGCAGCAGCGACACGUCCAGCACUGGAGAGGAGGAGAGGAUGCGGCGCCUCUUCCAGACGUGCGACGGCGACGGGGACGGCUACAUCAGCAGAAAUGACCUGCUAAUGGUCUGUCGCCAGUUGAAUAUGGAAGAGUCUGUGGCUGAGAUCAUGACCCAGCUGGGCGCAGAUGGAAAUGGGAAGAUUUCCUUUCAGGACUUUACAAGGUGCCGCAUGCAGCUCGUUCGAGAAAUUAGGAAGGAGGAGAGAGAGCUUUCUGUGAAGUCAGACAACUCCUACAAAAAGAAGAAGCUGAGGGAUAGAAUCGCCUCCUGGCCCACAAGCAGUGACAACAGUUUGGGUGCCUUGUCAGCGGCCAGGGAGAGCUGGGAAUAUGACUCAGGUGCCAGGGACCUGCAGAGCCCAGACCUGCAGAGUCAGUCAGCCCUGCAGAAACUGCUGGAGGGUGGUGGAAACUCCCUGCAUCAGCAGGCUGCUCUCCACAAACUGCUCACACAGCCUCCGGGUUUUAGCGGCUCUGUAGGAGGAAGCUAUCUGGAGCUGGCCAAUACGCUCCAUUUGGCAGCCCUGGCAUCACUAAAGGGAGACAUAGUGGAGCUUAAUAAGCGUCUGCAGCAGACGGAGCGGGAACGGGACCUUCUGGAAAAAAAAUUGGCCAAGGCACAGUGUGAACAGUCUCACCUCAUGAGAGAGCAUGAGGAUGUCCAGGAGCGGACGACGCUUCGGUACGAGGAGCGCAUCACUGAGCUGCACAGCAUCAUCGCCGAGCUCAAUAAGAAGAUAGACCGCUUGCAAGGCACCACCAUCAGGGAGGAGGAUGAGUACUCAGAACUGCGGUCAGAGCUCAGCCAAAGCCAGCAGGAGGUCAAUGAGGACUCUCGAAGCAUGGACCAAGACCAGACCUCUGUCUCCAUCCCCGAAAACCAUUCCACCAUGGUCACUGCUGACAUGGAUAACUGCAGCGACCUGAACUCAGAGCUUCAGAGAGUACUGACGGGGCUGGAGAGCGUCGUCUGCGGCAGGAAGAAGAGCAGCUGCAGCCUGUCCGUGGCCGAGGUGGACAGGCACAUCGAGCAGCUGACCACGGCCAGCGAGCACUGUGACUUGGCUAUUAAGACAGUUGAAGAGAUUGAAGGGGUGCUUGGCCGAGACCUGUACCCCAACCUGGCUGAGGAGCGUUCUCGCUGGGAGAAGGAGCUGGCAGGCCUGAGGGAAGAGAAUGAAAGUCUGACAGCCAUGCUGUGCAGCAAAGAAGAGGAACUGAACAGGACCAAGGCCACCAUGAAUGCCAUCCGGGAGGAGCGGGACCGGCUGCGCAGAAGGGUUCGAGAGCUUCAGACUCGACUACAGAGCGUGCAGGCCACAGGUCCCGCCAGUCCUGGCCGCCUGACUUCUGCCAACCGCCCAAUUAACCCCAGCACCGGGGAGCUGAGCACGAGCAGCAGCAGCAAUGACAUUCCCAUCGCCAAGAUUGCUGAGAGAGUGAAGCUAUCAAAGACAAGAUCUGAAUCUUCCUCCUCUGAUCGGCCAGUCCUGGGCUCGGAAAUCAGCAGCAUAGGGGUGUCCAGCAGUGUGGCCGAGCACCUGGCCCACUCCCUUCAGGACUGCUCCAACAUCCAAGAGAUCUUCCAGACACUCUACUCACAUGGAUCUGCCAUCUCAGAAAGCAAAAUCAGAGAGUUUGAGGUGGAAACGGAGCGGUUGAAUAGCCGGAUUGAGCACCUUAAAUCACAGAAUGAUCUUCUAACCAUAACCCUGGAGGAAUGCAAAAGCAAUGCUGAACGGAUGAGCAUGCUGGUGGGAAAAUACGAAUCCAAUGCCACGGCCCUGAGGCUGGCCUUACAGUACAGCGAGCAGUGCAUAGAAGCCUAUGAACUCCUCCUGGCGCUGGCCGAGAGCGAGCAGAGCCUCAUCCUGGGGCAGUUCCGGGCAGCUGGCGUGGGGUCCUCCACUGGGGACCAGUCAGGAGAUGAAAACAUCACUCAGAUGCUCAAGCGGGCUCACGACUGCCGGAAGACAGCAGAGAAUGCCGCCAAAGCCCUGCUCAUGAAACUGGACGGCAGCUGCGGGGGUGCCUUCGCCGUGGCUGGCUGCACUGUGCAGCCCUGGGAGAGCCUGUCCUCCAACAGCCACACCAGCACAACCAGCUCCACAGCCAGCAGCUGCGACACGGAGUUCACCAAGGAAGAUGAGCAGAGGCUAAAGGAUUACAUCCAGCAGCUCAAGAACGACAGGGCUGCCGUCAAGCUGACGAUGCUCGAGCUGGAGAGCAUCCACAUCGACCCCCUCAGCUACGAUGUGAAGCCUCGGGGAGACAGCCAGAGGCUGGACCUGGAGAACGCCGUGCUGAUGCAGGAGCUGAUGGCCAUGAAGGAGGAGAUGGCAGAGCUGAAGGCCCAGCUCUACUUGCUGGAGAAGGAGAAGAAGGCCCUGGAGCUGAAGCUGAGUACCCGGGAGGCCCAGGAGCAGGCUUACCUGGUACACAUCGAGCACCUCAAGUCCGAGGUGGAGGAGCAGAAGGAGCAGCGCAUGCGAUCCCUAAGUUCCACCAGCAGCGGCAGCAAGGACAAGUCUGGCAAGGAGUGUGCUGAUGCUGCCUCCCCGGCCCUGUCCCUGGCUGAACUCCGGACGGCGUGCAACGAGAGUGAGCUGGCUGCAGAGUUCGCCAACGCCAUCCGCAGAGAAAAGAAGCUGAAGGCCAGAGUUCAAGAGCUGGUGAGUGCCUUGGAAAGACUCACCAAGAGCAGUGAGAUCAGACACCAGCAAUCAGCGGAGUUCGUUAAUGACCUAAAGCGGGCCAACAGCAACCUAGUGGCUGCCUAUGAGAAAGCAAAGAAGAAGCAUCAAAACAAACUGAAAAAACUGGAAUCUCAGAUGAUGGCCAUGGUGGAAAGACAUGAGACUCAAGUGAGGAUGCUCAAGCAAAGAAUAGCUCUGCUGGAGGAGGAGAACUCGAGACCACACACCAAUGAAACUUCACUCUAA